AUGCGAGUGCGCAAGAACUGGAGAGAGACCGACUUUCAGAUUUGCAAGCCGACCGCUCUCACAUCCAAGAGCUUAGGGCUAUUGUCGCGGAAUUCGUGUCCAAGAGUACCGGCGGGUCCCAAGAAGGCGUCGUGGCAGAGCUGCUUGUUCAGGCUGCAGGCUCUCGAGGCCCAACAUGUUUCAACGCUUACCGCAUUGCGUAGCGACUUCCUGCGAGAUGCGGCGGGGUCGACUUCUGCAGGUAGCGCGGAGGCCGCGCUCGAUCAGAACGGCGGCUGGCCCUCCGACCGGCACUUCAGGUUCAUGAAAGUUAUCAAGGCUGCGAAGGGAGCCACCGGUGGAGCGGUCGGCGGUGCCGGUGGGUACCUAGGUGGCUCGUCAGACUCGAGCGGCGCCACGACGAAGCGUCUGGUGGCCGGCCUGCCUGGGGUGUUUCCCGCCGAGAUAUCCAACCACGAGUCUUGGUACCGUCUGCGAGGCGUCUUCCUAGCGAAGAAGAGAGCCGAAAAGCAGAGGCACGCGCGGAAAGUGGAGGAACUUGUUAUCUGGGGCAAGAAGGCGCUCGAGACACUGCGUAACGAGGAGAGGGAGUCGGCGGCGAGGGCGAUCGAGCAAGAAGAGCGCGAACGUAGGCGCAAGGAACUCGACAACUUGCUGCGAGAGCAAGGGAAAGCACGAGAGCGCCGAGAGAAGGAGAGCCGGGAGCGCGUGGAGAAGGCGUUGCUGGACAGGGUUGUCAGAGAGACCGAGGAGGCGGAGAGAAAAGCGCUGGAAGACGAGCGCAAACGGAGCGCCGUAGCGCAAUACCAUGCAAGUUUACAAGAGCUAAGAGCCCGAGAGACGGAUGCAUGCGAGGCGGCAGCCAGGGCGGAGGAGGCCGAGCGGGCCCAGCGAGUGCCGGUCAACCGGAAAAGGGUUGGGUUCCGGCAGGAAAAAGCACGUGAAAAACAGGAAGAACGCGAGAGGCGGGAACAGGAAGCAAAGGAGCUGGAGGAGAAGCGGAUGCAGGUCCUACAGAGGCUGGCGGCGAGCGUUCCGUACGCCGAGGCUUGCGCCAACGCCGAGGCCAAGCUUGACCAUAUCACAGUGGCGACAGCCGCACAUUUUGAUCAGUUCCUGCCCCACGAUCGUUCGCGGGGGCACUGCCCUAUGCUUGGCUACAACACGGGAGAGGUGUUCAAGGACGCGAGAUUCCGGCUGGGCCUGUACUUGAGGGAGGCCGGCGUGUCGGGAUGCAAGUCAGCUCACGUCGCCGUCAUGCGCGCAGCGGGGCCGCGUGCUCCCGCACCUUACGGACAACACGCAGAGUAG